CCGGGGCCGGGGGAGCGGGGCCGGGACAUGGCUGCUCGGCCCGGCCCGUGGGGUGCGGCUGAGGUCCGGGCGGCCGCGCUCCGCGGAGCCGCUGUUGCCUUGGUCUCCUUCGCAGCCGGGCUGUGCUGCCUGCGGACCGAAGUUCUGUACAGAGCCUUCACCUUUCACAGUCACAGGCCCGCGGGGAGCAUGGAGAGGAACCUUCAGCUGGUCAGGAACAUUGUUCCUCCACUAACCGCAGAAAAACAUAAAGGAGAGGAUGGGAAGAUCGGAGUGGUUGGAGGGUGCCGUGAGUACACUGGAGCACCAUACUUUGCUGCGAUUGCAAGCCUGAAAGUGGGGGCUGACCUCUCGCACGUGUUCUGCACCAUGGACGCUGCCCCCGUUAUUAAAUCCUACAGUCCCAACAUCAUCGUUCACCCAGUGCUGGACAAGAACACCGCUGUGGAGGAGGUGCAGAAAUGGUUCCCGGCGCUACACGCCAUGGUGAUCGGUCCUGGUCUGGGCAGAGAUGAGAAGGUGCUGCAGAACACCAAGGAUAUAAUCCGGGAGUGCAGAGCCCAGGGAAUGCCGCUUGUGAUCGAUGCUGAUGGACUGUGGGUUGUUGUACAGGAGCCGUCACUGAUCCAGGGAUACACUAAAGCCAUCCUGACACCGAACGUCGUUGAGUUUGGCAGACUCUACCAGGCGGUGCUGCAGGGCCCUGUGGAUGUGAAAGAUUAUCAAGGCACGCUACUUCAGCUCAGCCAGGCCCUAGGCAAUGUCACCAUCGUUCAGAAAGGCCAGAAAGAUCUGAUCUCAGAUGGAGCAACAGUGCUGGUGUGUUCCCUGGAGGGCAGUGGUCGUAGGUGUGGUGGUCAGGGAGACCUGCUGUCUGGAUCCUUGGGAGUGCUGGCUCAUUGGGCCUUUUCUGCUGGGAAGGACAAAACUAAUGGGUUAAACCCCACCCUUAUUGCUUCAUUUGGAGCAUGUGCAUUGACAAGGCAGUGCAACCACCAAGCAUUCCAGAAACAUCAUCGCUCGAUGACCACUUCAGACAUGAUUGCAGAGAUUGCCACAGCGUUUCACAAACUCUUCGAAAGCUGAUGAGGAGCAGUUUUAAGCUGCACAGAAAGCCAGUUGUAACAUGUACCCAUGCCCUGCAGCAGUUCCCAUAAAGGAAAGGGGCAGAGUUUGAUUUAUUUUUCUUGAAAUUUAACUGGAGGUGGAUGGGUGCUGUCAGAGUUGCAGUUACCAUGGACUGAAUCUGAUUCCAAUCUUCUAUUGGACAUAUUUAGAAAAUGGGUGAGUUGCUAUUUUCAGGAGAGGAGACAUCAUCCAACAUUGUAAAUCCCACUGCUGCAAGUCUCUCUCCCCUAGCUCAGUUACUGGACUAAUUGAAGUCUUGAAUAUGUUGUCUAAAUAAAAUGUUUAGCUUA